GGGCUGGAAACCAUAACAGAUCAGCCCAUACACAAACCCAACCGGCCAGCAGACCAGGAGGCCUCGACGCCAAUGAAGCCUAUAGCCAAACGAAGCCUACAUACAACGAAGCCUAAUGGGUAUGAGACCAGACCAGUGCUCGAACAGGCAUGGCAUACAGUCGCAAGUCCCUUUGACGCUACUUGAGUUUGAGAUGUCAGUGGAGGGCAGCGCUGAAGAUGUUUCGGCUCUCUUUAUUUAACUUGGCUUUGAAAGAUCUACGGAACCUCUGUAGAUAGGUACCUUGCCGACCUUGCAUGGAACAUUCUCGUGCAAAGCCACCUUCCCGUAGUUUUCGAAUUCUCUCAAGAUGAGUUUUGGUCGUCUUCUGCGCCUUUUUGGCGACGCCAGAUGUAUCCCCAAAGGCAGAGCAGUCCAUGGAAAGAUUAUCACAUCUGGGUUCCGCCCGGAUGUCUAUGCAAACAACCAUUUGAUCUCAUUGUACGCAAAAUCCAAUCGUAUGGAUGAUGCUCGCAAAGUGUUUGAUGCAAUGCCUGAAAGGAACCUUAUUUCAUGGACUGCUUUGAUAUCUGGCUAUUCCCAAACUGGUUUCGAAGAAGAAGCUUUAAAUUGUUUCAGAUUAAUGGUUAUUGAUGGUUUCAAUCCAAAUCCUUAUACAUAUGUUGGAGCCAUAUCUGCUUGCGCUAGUAUAGGCGACACACGAGCUGGUAAGGAGAUUCAUGGAAGGAUUUAUAGACAUGAGCAAGAGUUGAAUGGCCGAGUCAGUAAUUGCUUGAUCAAUAUGUAUGGGAAAUGUGGUUUGUUGAGCUCUGCACGGCUUGUGUUUGAUGCAACUUUGAAGCCAGAUUUAGUUUCUUGGACUUCGAUACUUGCCUGUUAUUGUCAAUGUGGGGAAAAUCUGGAGGGGUUAAAGAUUUUCAUGCAGUCACAGAAGGAAGGAGUAGAGGUUAGUGAAUUUUCUUGUGCAAGUAUGUUGGGAGCUUGUGCUGCGCUUGAGAACUUGAAGGUUGGGAUGCAAUUGCAUUCCCUUGUCAUCAAGUGUGCACUUGGAUUAGACAACUUCGUUAUGACAGCAUUGAUAAAUCUUUAUGCCAAGUGUGGAGAAUUACACUCUAGUCAUCGGGCAUUUUUGGAGGUGGACAAGCCACAGUUACAGGCUUGGACUGCAUUAAUGGGAGGCUAUGCUCAACAAGGAAAAGAAAGAGACGCCAUUGAUCUUUUCCACAAGUUCCAUUCUUCGGGUUUGAAACCUGGUGAAAGGACAUUCUCGUCAGUACUUGGAGCAUUUGCAAAUAUGGCAGACGUUGAAGUUGGAAAACAACUCCACUCUUUGAUCAUUAAAAUGGGAUUCAUUUCAUUCAUAUUUGUUGGCAACGCAGUUCUGGAUUUUUACUCAAAAUGUGGGCUUCUCGGGGAAUCAUCAAAGACUUUCGAGGAAAUGCUUGAACAUGAUGUUGUCUCCUGGAAUGCGUUGAUUUUUGGGCAUCUUAGAUCAGGUCAUCAUGGAGAAGCUGUUGAGCUUCUAAAGGAUAUGUUGAUCGAAGGAUUUGAACCUAAUCUUUACACAUAUUCUAGCAUUUUGAGCAUCUGUGGUGAUCUCCCAGCCAUCGAGUGGGGGAGACAAACGCAUUGCUGCAUCAUGAAACCUGGGUUCAACACCAAUGUGGUUGUUGGGAGUGCUCUUAUAGACAUGUACGCUAAGUGCGGAAGAGUAAGUGAAGCUCAGAAAGUUUUUGAUAACCUAAUUACAAAAAACUUAGUUUCUUGGAAUACCAUGCUUGUGGGAUAUGCACAACAUGGUUUUGGCAGAGAAGCUUUAGAGAUCUAUAACAUGAUGCAGAGAAAUGGAAUUGAGCCUAAUGAUAUAACAUUUCUUGGAGUAUUAUCUGCCUGUGGGCAUGUGGGACUUGUAGAGGAGGGAUGGGGCCACUUUAAUUCCAUGAUCAGGGACCAUGGUAUUGCCCCAAGGACAGAUCAUAUAGCUUCUUUGGUCAGCCUUUUUGCCCGUAAAGGACAGACAAAAAGAGCUUUUGAGUUCAUAAGGAGUUUUCCCAUGGAUCCUGAUAAGGUGGUAUGGCGGUGUCUCUUGUCUGGCUGCAAAAUUCACAAGAAUUUGGCUCUAGCAAGAUAUGCUGCAGAGAAGAUCUUGAGUAUUGAUCCAGAAGAUACUUCAGCUCAUAUCACCCUAUCAAAUAUAUAUGCUGAGGCCAAGAUGUGGAAUGAAGUAGCAAAAGUGAGAAAAAUAAUGAAGAUAAAGGAUUUAAAGAAAGACACAGGAUAUAGCUGGGCUGAAUUGAAGAACAAAAUAUAUUACUUUUCUGCAAGUCAUUAUAGACAAUUCCAAGAAACCAAUCUCCAUCAGGUUUUGGAUGGGUUAACAGAGCAGUUGUUUGAUGCAGGAUACGUACCAGAUGCCAUGUUCUUACUGCACCCCAGUGACUAAGCUAGGGAGAUUGAUUGGAUAAAAAAAGUAUUUGGUCAUAUGGCAUGAAAUAUACUUAAGUCAUUUACAUGUGAGAAAAUAAGACACGUGAAUCAAUGACGAUCUGAGAUAAUAGAUGAUGGCAUUAGAUGUUAUGAAGAGGAGGACUUCGCACGCAUAGAAUGUUUGAAAAUUCAAAAUUGGUGCUGACUUGUUAUAUGCCUUGUAAGUAGACAGUCUGAGGUCAUGAAAGAUGCGAGUGACGGGAGAUUAGAAAAAUGUUCAAGACUGAUGGUGUGGGAGGACCCCUAGGUGAGAGGUUAACAAACUCAAGGCAUUGUAGCCUUAGUUUCAGAGGGUAGUCUGCGACACACCUGAUUCUCGGGCCUGCUCCUGUUGACCAUUUCAAAUAAAGCCGAUGCCCUAAUUGAUAUGAGCUUACUUCUUUUUUUGACUUGAUCCUCUGCAAUAUCUUUCUUUGGAUCCCUUCUCUUCGGACUCAAGACUAUUGGACAAGGUUCUCUUAUAAUGGCUCGUUCUUCUUUUUGAGAAAAUAUACAUGAUUCAGAGGGUCCACAGUCCGCUGUUCUCAAUCUCAAAAGAAGCUUGAAACUGGAGUGGUUCAAAGUUCUUUCGUUCUCCAAGUUUACUUCCUUCCUGCACUGAUUUGCUGAUAUCGUAGCUCCCAUGAUUGUCAACAGGGGAAAUAAUCUAGGAAAAGCUCAGGAUUAUUAAAAAAGAAGUACAAAAUUGAGUUUGGUACCCGAACUUCAUCAUAGCUGAUUCUAUUCUCCUUGAGGAAGGCAAAGAAGCUGCCAAGGUUCUACUUCUUCUCAUCAAUUUGAUGGUAAUGUCCAUCCACUGUAUGCCAAUGCAUGCGGGCGGGAAGCCAUGAGCACAAAUAUUCACCAAUCAUGUUGAUAAACUUUAUCCAUCAUCAAAUUAAAGUUCGAAAGUAUUUACAAAAUGAUGUUCUAUUAUGUUCACUAGUCUUGAUCCUACCAGAAUUGACACAAUGUAUGCUGCUCUGUGGAAUAGCCAAUGCAUGCUUUUACAGAAAUUAUAAACCAAAGAUGAUCCUGUGAACUCGUUUAAACUAAAUUGA